UCAUUAAAGUAUCUCCCUUCUUUCAUGUUUUUAUAUAAUAUAUGCGUUAUUAGCAUAGGAAAAGUCUGCCAUCGCCCCCUUUUUAUGAAAUGGUUUCUUCUUUCGCUACUGCUUCUCUGUGUCUGUGUAUGGGUGCUGCCGGGAUUUACUAUCUGGGGAGGAGCUGCACCUUCCUGUCACCUGUCACCGCUGUUUAUUUACAUCUACCUGGGAAAAGCCGGGGCAAUGAGUGUGUCACAGAAUAAUGAUGGCAAGAGGCAGUAUCUGAUGGAGAGAUUGCUGGAUGCAGUAAAACAGUGCCAGAUUCGAUUUGGAGGGCGCAAGGAAAUAGCUUCGGAUUCUGAUAGCAGAGUUAUUUGUCUGUGUGCACAGUUUGAAGCUGUGCUGCAACAUGGCUUGAAAAGGAGCAGAGGAUUAGCACUAACAGCAGCAGCAAUCAAACAGGCAGCAGGAUUUGCAAGUAAAACAGAAACAGAUCCUGUAUUCUGGGUAUACGUGAAAGAAAUUCUCAGUAAACAUGAACUUCAGCGGUUCUACUCUUUGAAAACCAUCACUACAGAUAUAGGAAGAGGUCGUGCCUGGCUGCGCUGUGCUCUAAAUGAACAUUCUUUGGAGCGAUAUGUACAUAUGCUGCUUGGAGAUACAAACAGGCUUAGUUUCUUCUAUGAAGACUGGUCAUUUUUAUUGGAUGAAGAGCGUUCUAGCAUGCUUCCUACCAUGGCUGCUGGCUUAAAUUCAAUCCUUUUUGCAAUCAACAUUGAUAACAAAGAUUUAAGUGGACAAGCUAAAUGCACUCCUACAGUAUCUGAUCUUCUUAAGGAAUCCACACAGAAUGUCACAUCUCUGCUAAAAGAGUCAACUCAAGGUGUUAGCAGCCUUCUUAGGGAAAUAACUGCAUCUUCUGCUGUCUCCAUUCUCAUCAAACCAGAGCAGGAGUCAGACCCUCUGCCAGUGCUUUCCAAGAGUGUCAUGUCAGAUGGCAAAACGAAAAAAGAUCGGAAAAAGAAGAAGAAAGUGUCAAAUAUCAUUUCGUUCGAUGAUGAUGAUGAUGAUGAUGGGGAAAAUUUGGGUGAUACUUCAAAGAAGCCUUUGAGUAGCAUGGAGAGUUCAGAAGAGAACUCUGACAGAUCCAUUGCAGCAUUACCUCACUUUGAAGAUCAAUUUAAAUUGAACUUGCAUGCGAAUGAAAGCUCUAUUGCCUCCUGGAAAAGCGAAUCUCCCUGUGUUAAUGGAAAUUUUGCCUAUCAAAAGAUAGAUGUGAAAAGCAUUGAUGAUGAAGACUUAGAUGACUGUGAUUCAUAUGAACCAGAAAUUGCCAACAAAGAAGCUAAAGCUGAGAAUUCUUCUUCUGAUAUGGUGUCUAUAGGAAGCAUGGAUAAUCCUCAGGUCUCUUGCUGGGCACCACUGCAGGUUCUUCAUGAUUCUGAUGUUUUAUUUCCUGCCAAUACCAAUGAUUCCUGUUCUCAUUCUGAUGACAAUUUGGAUCACCUGCCUUAUGGAGAGGAAAAUGAGAAUGCCACCAUUGCUGUAGAACUUGCUCAGAGAGGAUCGGAUAUUCAGUUCAGUAUGGAAGCCAGCCCUCCUGUCCCUGCCAAUGCAGUUAACAGUGUCCUGCCUUCAACGCCUGGUCCGGAAUCAAUGACAACUAAUGAACUUCGGCAAGUUGUCGUACUUAUGAUGAAUAAAAACGAUGAGCUGGAAGAGCAAAAUACAUCACUGAGAAACCUGCUUGAUGCAGAAAUGGAACAUUCUUCAGCACUCCGACUGGAAAUUGACAACCUGAAGAGAAAAGCGUCAGAACAGGAGGAGAGGCAUGCAGCGAAGAUCCAGGCAUUGGCAAGAGAAAAUGAGGUAUUAAAAGUCCAGCUGAAGAAGUAUGUUGGUGCUGUACAGAUGCUUAAGAGGGAAAGCAAUUCUGAAGUUCCAAACCUAAGGAAUAUUGAUGGGGAGAACCUACCAGAAGUAAAAUCUGUGGUAGACAAUGAAGAACUUGCAAACUCAUAUGAAAGAAAGCUCAUUGAGGUUGCUGAAAUGCACGGAGAGCUCAUAGAAUUUAAUGAGAGGCUUCAUCGAACACUAAUGGCAAAAGACGUGCUGGUGUCACAAAUGAGACAAGAAUUGAUUGAUCUAAGAGGACCAGUCCCCGGAGAUUUGAGUCAGACGUCGGAAGACCAGAGUUUGUCAGAUUUUGAAAUAUCGCAUCGUGCCCUUAUAAAUGUUUGGAUACCCUCCGUUUUUCUCCGGGGUAAAUCUGCCAAUGCCUUUCAUGUUUAUCAGGUCUAUAUAAGGAUUAAGGAUGAUGAAUGGAAUGUUUACCGGAGAUACACUGAAUUUCGAAGUUUACACCACAAAUUACAGACCAAGUAUCCGCACAUCAGGACGUUUCAUUUUCCACCAAAAAAAGCUAUUGGGAACAAGGAUGCAAAGUUUGUGGAGGAACGACGGAAGCAAUUGCAGAAUUAUUUAAGAAAUGUAAUGAACAAAAUCAUUCAAACUCUGCCAGAUUUUGUUGCCAAACCUAACAAAGAAGGAUUUAUGCAGCUCAUGCCAUUUUUUAGUGACAUACAAGGCACCGCAGAACAAACUGGCAAAGGCAGUCGAUCAAAAGUGGCUUCACGAUUUCCAAAAUUAUCCCGCAGUCACCAAAGAGAGUCACGGAAUGUGGAGCCUCAGAGUGGAGACCUUUGAUCUCUGCGUUUCUCCAGUUUGGGGGAUGAGAAAACUGUGCUGAAUAUAUUAAUGCCAAGGGAAUCUCAGCUCUAACAGAUAUGGGUAUUAUAAUAAAAACAACCUCUUUUUGUAUAAAGUAACUUUGUUUGUCAUUGAGAUUUACAUUCAUGAGCAACCUUAAAGGAAAAGUAACACUAACAUUUUUUAAGUAAAAAAGCUAU